UUAGAGAGAUAAACUGGCUCCUCUCUGAGUCUAAAAAUGGAUCAUAAAUCCUGGAGGAAUUAAAUGAAUCACAGGCUGCUCCUCGAUCUGUCUGGAACACCUGCGGAGGAAACCUGCUCAGCUCAAAUGGCACAGGCACCCUCUGAGCUCUGCGCAUGCGCACCGGAUGUAAACAAAGCAGCAUGGCCGCACGCCGUUUGUAAGGAAGCGAUCAGCGGUAUUGAUACCAGUAUUAUCGAUAGCUUCGGUUACUGUGGCUGCAGAGGGGAGAAGCUGAUCAGUUGAUCAGCCAAUAAAUCAAUCGAUCGAUCAAUGAACUGCGUGAUGGAGACUGUGAGGAAACGAGUGGCCGAGUUUUCACAGGAGGCUCACGAUCUCUACCUGAACCAAUCAGUGCCCUACCUGGAUGGACCACCUGACCCACUGCAGUUCUACCGUGACUGGAUUGCUCCAAACAAGCCCUGCAUCCUCCGCAAUGCCUUCAGCCAUUGGCCAGCUCUGACAAAGUGGACCCCUGACUACCUGAGGGAGAAGGUGGGGUCAAAGGUCAUUAGCGUGGCGGUGACUCCAAACGGCUACGCUGAUGCUGUAAACGGGGCUCGAUUCGUGAUGCCUGAAGAGCGACAGAUGAGCUUCUCCUCUGUGCUUGACAUCAUCGAGGGGAAGGUGGACAAAGGGGGUGGAGUCUUUUACAUCCAGAAGCAGUGUUCCAACCUGCUGCAGGAGUUGCCUGAGCUCACUGCCGACCUGGAGCCGCAGAUUCCCUGGAUGAGCACGGCGCUCGGAAAGUUCCCGGAUGCAGUGAAUUUUUGGCUCGGAGAGGAGAAUGCCAUCACCUCCAUGCACAAAGAUCACUAUGAGAAUCUUUACUGCGUUGUCUCUGGAGAGAAACACUUCAUCCUCCUGCCACCCACAGACCGCCCUUUUGUCCCCUAUGGUCUGUAUGGGCAGGCUGUUUACCAUCAGCGGGACGACGGCGAGUUCGAGGUUUUCGAUCAGAAUGAUUCAGAGAGGGUCCCGUGGAUUCCUCUGGACCCGGACCUGGAGCGGUACCCACAGUACCGGCAGGCACAGCCACUCCACUGCAGCGUGAAGGCUGGAGAGAUGCUGUACCUUCCAUCGCUGUGGUUCCACCACGUUCGGCAGUCGCACGGUUGCAUCGCAGUGAACUUCUGGUACGACAUGGAGUACGACAUCAAGUACAACUACUUCCAGCUGCUGGAGGCGCUGUGUGAGGUCACAGGGUCCACGUGAUGUCACAGCAGCAGUACAUCACGAAACCAGUGAAAAGUUUUGUUUUGGUGGUGCUUACAGGUGUAACUAGACCUCAAAUAAAGGUUUUCAGAGUUGAUGGGGACAUCACACCUGGUGGACAGGUGAGGAUACAAAAGAUGCUCACCUUCAUUCUUCAGCCCAGCUUUAGGAAGCCACUCCCACUUAUUCACUUCAAUGACAAUAAACUAUGUUUUCAGUGACAGUUCAAACAGAACAAGUGUUUCCUGAGCCCAUCGAUUGGAUCAAUUCUGUUUCCUGUUAAUUGUUUGGAUGCAAACGAGCUGCAGUUCAG